CAAAGUAAAUUUCAGUAGUCGUUGCAUUAUCUUACGAGAUACAAACCGGUGUUUUAAAAGUUUAUUAAAAAAGAUCUUACGUGUAAAUAAUAAUUGAAAUAAUUAUUUUCCAAUUUAUAAUUGCACACUUAAUUAUUUAAAAUGGUUGUCAGACAGUAUCAGGAGGAACUUAAGUACUUAGAAAAAAUAAAUCAAUGGUCUUGGAGAAUUAAAAAAGGUUUCCAACCUAAUAUGAAGGUCGAAGGAAUAUUUUAUGUUAACAAUACGUUAGAACGUUUAAUGUUCGACGAAUUAAAAAAUGCAUGCAGGCCAGGUGCAGUUGGAGGUUUUCUUCCAGGUAUGAAACAGAUUGCUAACGUAGCUGCUUUACCUGGAAUUGUUGGAAGAUCAGUUGGGUUACCCGAUGUUCAUUCUGGAUAUGGUUUUGCUAUUGGAAAUAUGGCAGCGUUUGAUUUAAAUGAUCCAAAGUCAAUAGUAUCACCAGGUGGAGUAGGAUUUGAUAUUAAUUGUGGUGUACGUUUGUUAAGAACAAAUUUGUUUCAAGAAGACGUUCUACCUAUUAAGGAACAACUUGCGCAAAGUAUGUUUGAUCAUAUUCCGGUAGGAGUCGGAUCUAAAGGGAUUAUACCAAUGAAUGCUAAAGAUUUAGAAGAGGCAUUGGAGAUGGGUAUGGAUUGGUCUUUGAGAGAAGGCUACAUUUGGGCAGAGGAUAAAGAACAUUGCGAAGAAUAUGGUAGAAUGUUAAAUGCUGAUCCUUCGAAAGUGUCAAUGAGAGCAAAGAAACGUGGUCUUCCUCAGUUAGGUACAUUAGGUGCGGGUAAUCAUUAUGCUGAGAUUCAAGUCGUAGAUGAAAUUUAUGAUAAAUGGGCUGCAUGUAAGAUGGGUAUAGAACAAAAGGGCCAAAUCUGUGUGAUGAUUCAUUCAGGAAGCAGAGGUUUUGGACAUCAAGUUGCUACAGAUGCACUCGUGCAAAUGGAGAAAGCUAUGAAAAGGGAUAAUAUCGAGACAAAUGAUAGACAAUUAGCUUGCGCUCAUAUUAAAUCUCAGGAGGGCCAAGAUUAUUUAAAAGCAAUGUCGGCUGCUGCUAAUUUUGCAUGGGUCAAUCGAAGUUCUAUGACAUUUCUUACUCGACAGGCAUUUGCAAAACAAUUUAAUCUUUCUCCAGAUGACUUGGACAUGCAUGUUAUUUACGAUGUAUCGCAUAACGUAGCUAAAAUUGAAGAACAUUUGGUCGACGGCAAACCGAAAACCCUUUUAGUUCAUAGGAAGGGAUCAACCAGGGCUUUUCCACCUCAUCAUCCAUUAAUUCCUGUAGAUUAUCAGUUAACAGGUCAGCCGGUUUUAAUCGGCGGUACUAUGGGAACAUGCAGUUAUGUUCUUACCGGAACUGAACAAGGAAUGCAAGAAACAUUUGGAUCUACGUGCCAUGGAGCUGGUCGUGCCUUGUCUAGGGCCAAAUCACGAAGAAAUUUAGAUUACAAAGAUGUUCUAAAUAAAUUAGAAAGUUUAGGUAUAUCCAUUAGAGUUGCCUCACCAAAAUUAGUUAUGGAAGAGGCUCCUGAAUCUUAUAAAAAUGUAACGGAUGUUGUGAACACGUGCCAUUCUGCUGGUAUCUCGAAAAAGUGUAUUAAACUGAGGCCAAUAGCAGUUAUUAAAGGAUAAUUUCUAUAAAAUGUGUUUGAAUGAACUGCUUUUGUAUUUAAUGUAAGUUACAUAUGCUAUGGAAUUCUCCGCUAGACGGUCAACCAACUAUCGAUGAUAUUAAAAAACUUGUAUAAGAAUUUAUUUAAAUAAUUUAAAUUAAAUUAAAAUUAUUUUA